CAGCCUCCAAGUCGAUAUUCAAUAAUUUGAUAAAACAGCUGGAAAUUCUCAGUCAUGUCCUGGUGCACUAUUGAAUCUGAUCCUGGUGUGUUUACUGAACUUAUACAACAGAUGCAAGUAAAAGGUGUCCAGGUUGAGGAAUUGUAUUCAUUGGACCUCGAAUCCUUGAACAAUCUCCAGCCAGUGUUUGGAUUGAUUUUUCUUUUUAAGUGGCGUCCGGGAGAGAAAGAUGACCGUCUUGUAAUUAAGGAUCCUAACCCAAACUUAUUUUUUGCGAGCCAGGUUAUUAACAAUGCAUGUGCCACACAAGCCAUCCUCUCCAUUCUUGUGAAUUGUCCAGACAUUGACGUUGGCCCUGAACUUUCCAAUUUGAAAGAAUUCACUAAGAAUUUCCCUCCAGAGCUCAAGGGGUUGGCAAUUAACAAUAGUGAAGCCAUACGUACAGCUCACAAUAGUUUUGCAAGACCUGAGCCAUUUGUGCCCGAGGAACAGAAAGCUGCUGGGAAGGAUGAUGAUGUAUACCAUUUUAUAAGCUAUUUGCCUUUUGAAGGAGUCUUGUAUGAGCUUGAUGGAUUGAAAGAAGGACCCAUUAGCCUUGGGCCAUGCUCUGGUGGGCAAGAUGAUCUAGAUUGGUUGCGAAUGGUGCAACCAGUGAUCCAGGAACGUAUUGAAAGGUAUUCUAGAAGUGAGAUAAGAUUCAAUCUCUUGGCAGUUAUAAAGAAUAGGAAGGAGGUUUACACUGCUGAACUGAAGGAACUUCAGAGGAAAAGGGAACGCAUUUUGCAGGAGCUGAAUGCUGCACGGUCAGACAGGAUGGACAGUGCAAAUAUUGAUUCACUCAACAGAACGCUGCAAGAAAUAAAUUCUGGAAUUGAGAGUGCUACAGAGAAGAUAUUGAUCGAAGAAGAGAAAUUUAAGAAGUGGAGAACAGAAAAUAUCCGGAGAAAACACAACUAUAUACCCUUUUUGUUCAACUUCCUCAAGCUCCUAGCUGAAAAGAAGCAGUUGAAACCCCUUAUUGAGAAGGCGAAGCAGAAGUCAGUGCAGCCCAAGUGAAAGGUCCUAUUUUUAGUUUUACUGUGUGGGACCUUGUUGUAGGAGCAGUAACCAAAGCAAGAAGUAUACAUUAUUUUGGAAUGUACU